GAAGAGACGAACUGAAACUGCGGCGUCUGGCGAUUUAAACUAGAUUUAACACCGGUUGUAGGUUUAAGUAUCAGAAGUCGUCCAUCGGAUAUUAAAAGACACAACCAACUAUCUAAAGAAGGCUAGUGCAGUUUGAGGUGUGAGAUGCAUGUGACGGUGCGUGAGGUCUGUAUCUCCUCGGAGUCAGAGACUUCCUACUUCCUGCGAGUGGAGUGGAGGGGGCGGGACUUAGGCUCUGGCUUCCUGUUACUGCUCACUGAUGGACAGAAUGCAUGGAGAGGAGAGGUAUCAGAGGAUGCAGUGCGGGAGGAGGCAGAGGAGUUGGAGAUGCAGACAGAUCGUUACAUCCAGGACCUCCAGCAGGCCCUGACUGGGACUGGACCCUCUACUGACUACAGCUUCACCUUGACCCAUAACCCCGGCCCAAUGGCCAACAUGACCCUGUCCUACGAGAAGGUGCAGAGGGACAUCUCGUUCUGCCUGGGUUCUGUGUUGCUGGGUAAGAUUCCAGAGCCAGUGGAGGAGGUUAGAGCGUUACUGACUCACGGUCUAGGACGUGGAACCGCACUGCAGAACCACAACCACUUACUAAAGGAGGAGAACCACAGGCUCAAACAGGAGCUACAACACAUCAAUGCAGAGUUGCAGCGGUUUGUCAGUGGGAAGGAGACACUCGAGUCAGAGCUGUACUCUCGCUUCACCCUGGUGCUGAAUGAGAAGAAGGCCAAGAUACGCAGUCUGCAGAAGAACCUCACACACCUGCAGGAGACCAGGGAAGAGGGAGAGAGCAGCAGUCCAGGGAAGGGAACGAAAAAGACGACAGGACAGACCAGAGAGGAGGAUGAAUAUGAAGCGAGCACUGAUGAUGAGCAGUUACAGCCUGCUUCUAUAGAAGCCACCCAGGGGACUUCGCGUAGCCGCAGCCCAUUGGACGACAGUCUGAAUGACAUCCCAGACGUGGCACCCUCCCGUAAACGCCGCUUCCGCCACCUGCAACCUCCUGACACUGUUGCUAAGAGACCGACCUCGGAGCCAGCGCAGAAACCGAGGAGGGACCCCCUGCCAUCAUCCAGAGCAGCAGCCAAUAAGGACCAGGCUCCCCAGCAUUCUAGUGAUGUCAUUCCUGAUGCUGAGGACCUGUUUGAGGACAUCUGAGUUCUAACCACUCACUCCUCAAUCAAAUUCUUUCCCUCCCUCACUCCUUUCAUCUCUCUCUCCCUCCAUCACUUUCGUCUGUCACUCUAUCAGCCGGUCCCAACUCUCUUAGAACCCCUUCCCCUAAUUAACCCCUUCGAUGUUUGGAAAUCUGAAAGAUCUGGAUAGGUGUAAACAGUGCGGUGAUGGAGCUUCCAUCCUAUUCCUUCCACCUUACAGAUCCAAAUGUAAAAGUGUAUUAUUAAUAUCAUGAAUUUGGCAUCCCAUUUAUGGUGAUAAUGGUAACUAAUUUUAAAAUGACAAAGAUCCAAUCAACUAUGGAUAGUAUACCUAGUUUCACUCUGCAUACAUAAAUCUAACGUGAGUCGGAAUGUACUUUCACAUACAGUGUAAAAUAAAUAAAUAAAUAUAUAUUCAGCGUACAAUUGUAAGGUAACCAUCCAGGCCCGGCUCGAGGAGGACAUGACCGAGGGAACAUUUUAAAUUCAUGGGGGGGGGGGGCUCUUCGACCCUCCUAACAAGUUACCUUAGUCUGAAGCUAUUGAUGUGCACACCGGUGUCAAACUUGUCCGCAGUAUGUAUAGGUGCGUUGAUAAACCGCAAUGUGAUGCUGAAUUGGAAAAGCUUUGCCAGGAGGGCACCGAGCACGCCAGCUCCAAGGAAACGAUGGAGACAACUCUGCGAGAGUAUGUCGUUGAAAGCACAAAGCAUUUUUUAAAUAUUUUUUUUGCAAACAGACAGAAAAUGUGUUUUGAAAAAUGUUUUGGCAAGCUCACAAUCCUAUUGCAGCUGGUUGCCUUACAAUUGUACAAUUUAAUCAACAUAUAUUGUUUUAAUUAUUUAUUUUAGUGUACAGCUAUUGUCAGAGGAGUUACUUUCAACGAUUCAAUGGUAGUCUACGCAGAUGAGUAUGAAAGUUGAUCGAUGUCUAACUGUGUUGACAUGAUAGCUCAGCAUAUACAAGCUUGUUUCCAAAGCUAAGUAGGAUACAUGGAGGUAGGCAACUAGAUGAUAGACUCGUUCUCACUGAAGUGCAUUACCCCUCAUAUACCUGUAGGAGUCGCUGUUCAGGCAGGAAUUGUUGGAGUGGAUUCACAUUUUAUGUCAAUAUACGCUAUAUAUACACAAAAGGAUAUGGACACCCCUUCAAAUUCGUGGAUUUGGCUAUUUCAGCCACACCCGUUGCUGACUGGUUUAUAAAAUGAGCACACAGCCAUGUAAUCUCCAUAGACAAACAUUGGCAGUAGAAUUGCCUUACUGAAGAGCUCAAUCAUUGGGUGCCACCUUUCCAACAAGCCAGUUUGUCAAGUUUUGGCCCUGCUAGACCUGCCCCGGUCAACUGUAGGUGCUGUUAUUGUGAAGUGGAAACGUCUAGGAGCAACAUCGGCUCAGCUGAGAAGUGGUAGGCCACACAAGCUCGCAGAACAGGACUGGCAAGUGCUGAACCGCGUAGCGCAUAAAAAUCGUCUGGGUUUCCAUGGCCGAGCAGCAACACACAAGCCUAAGAUCACCAUGCGCAAUGCCAAGCGUAUGCUGGAAUGGUGUAAAGCUUGCUGCCAUUGGACUCUAGGAGCAGUGGAAAUACUAGAGUCCAAUUGGCCUAAUCGCCCAACAUCAGUGCCCGACUUCACUAAUGCUCCUGUGGCUGAAUGGAAGCAAGUCCCCGCAGCAAUGUUCCAACAUAUAGCAGCAAAGGGGGACCAACUCCAUAUUAAUGCUCAUGAUUUUGGAAUGAGAUGUUCGACGAGCAGGUGUCCACAUACUUUUGGUAAUGUAGUGCACCUCUUUAUUUAGGUUGAUGGCAUGAUGUUGAAACGUUGACUUUGAUUCAAACACCAUUUUACUCUUAACAUUGAAACAACAAAUAUAGGAUGAAAAAUAUUUUUACCAUUUCUAUGUGGAGUUUUCAACACAAUUUCAACAUUUACAAAGUUCUGAUGAUUAUGUUGAAAUUAGAUUGUUAGUCAGGUUAGUAUUUAAAUUGAAUCUUUAUCCUAAUUUCAAUGUUUGCAAUGCUUGUUGAAAUGUGAUGAAAACCGCGUUAGUUUACUUUUUGAAAAUCCAAAUGUGCUUUCCACGUGGAUUCCACGUCCGCAAUAGGUUGACAAAUGACGUUGAAACAUCGGUUCAACCACUGUGUUCCCAGUGGGUUGCUUCAGUCUCUCUAUCCCUCUACACAGGGGUGGCCAACACCUGGUUCUACUAAUCAGCCUUGCUAGAACCUGACUGAGCAUGUCAAGGUCCUGGCUCGCGUCCUACCCCUUCCUCUACCUAACCUAAGGACCACCAGGACCUUGACAUGUCGCAUCGGGUUCUAGCAAGGCUGGAACAAAAGCCUGAAUACCUAGCUCGACACCUCUGCACAGCCACCCUUCCUCUACCAGUAUUACUUCCCGCUCUUCUCUAGCCUCCAUCUCGCUGUUAAUCCUCCACCACUCCCUCCCAUCUCCUUCUCUAUUACUGUCCCUACUCAGCCCAGCCCACUACUACACAGAGGAAGUCAAGGAGACCGUUAUAUAGAGAGAAGGGAAUUAGACAUAUAUAUAUUUUUUGUAGUGCAAAUUUAUAAUAAUUUAUAAUGCUGUAACAAAGGGGAUCUUUUUGUACUCGAUAUGGACAAAACAUUAACUGUGUAAAGAUAAGUCUUUGUGCUGUUUUUAGUAUGAUGAAGAGAAGUGUUGGUUCUUUAUGUGUAUGAAACACGAGUAAAGUGUAAUAAAAACGUAGGUUAACAACA